AUGGUGAAUUAAAAUAAGAAAAUUUUAGGUUUAGCAAUACUGGUUUUAGUAGCUUUCAUAUAGAAGGUAGAGUGCACUUUAAAUGAAAAAGAAGUUAUAAAAGUAGCAGAAAAAGUUCCUUUUUGCAUCACCAAUCUUGAUUGGAAAGCUAAAAAUUAGACUGAUGGUGAGUAGAAUAUCUUCCUAUUUUAAGCAAGCAAGGAGUCAGACUAUUUACUUUUGAAUGUAGCUAAUUUAAAUGAUUUCACAUUAAAUCCUUCUAUCAUCAUUACUUAGAGUCUUUAAGACCUAAAAUAGGUUAACAGAUAAUCAGAAAAAAAUUCAACCCAUCACAAUAUUAAUUACAUUACAUGCUCCCUUUCCUAUACCUAAUCAUGCAUUAUCAGUAAUCUAUCCAGCAAUGUAAAACCUGGAUAAACAUUUUAUCUUAUGUUUAAAAGACCUGGAGUAAACUAUAAACCUAUUGCAAGAAUAAUACCACAGAAUUUCACAAAAACAGAUAAUACAGAAGUUAUAGACAUAGUGGCAAGUUAAAAUUCAGGUAUUACCUUAUUAAAUGAUGAUACAGUAAAAUAAGUAAACAUAUAACUACCAUAAAUUAACUUAAAACAAUUACAAAACGAUGAUGAUAUAUGCCAGAUAGAAGUUUUCUUCUUAAAUCCCAACGGAUCUCUUUUUGGAAAAAAUAGCUAAUCAAACUAACAAGUAGAUUUAUAAAAAGAAGUUAAUAUAACAUUAAAUAAAACACCAAUCUCUUAAGACAGUAUAUUAUUUUAAAGCAACUUACUGUAGAAUCGUUAAUUUGUUAUCGAAUUUGAUCCCAAGAAGCUCUAGUAAAUCACAGCAGAAUAAACAAACAAUGAACUGAGGAUACAAGUUUCAAAUAACAAUAACAAUAAAAAUUGGAUGGUUAUAGCUUAUAAAUAUAAUAUAGUCUCUAAAAAAGUUAGAAAUGUUAUUUUAACCACUCCUUUAAUUAGUAACUUAAACAAAGAAAUUAAUUAAUCCUAGUUAUUAAUAAAAUUUUAAAAUCCAUUCUUAGAGCAUUUAUCUAGCUAAGACUAAGAUAAAAAGAACCUCUUUUAUUUAAAUUAAGAAAAAGUUAAUAAUUCUUCUUUGCUAUUUAAUUUAAAAUCUUUAAACUCUUAAAAUUAAAACAUUUCUGAAAAUAUAAAAUCCAAGCUUUAUUUUAGCAAAUAAUAAUUAGAAUCUGACUAACCAUAAGCUAUUUAUAAUGGCUUAGGUAUAUUUUCAAUUGAAACUAAGUAUGUUUUAAAAGCAAUUAAUUAAAUAAAUGAUCUUCAAGGAAUAUACCUUCGUGUUUUGAUUCAAGAUGAAUAAAUUAUCUAAAAUAAUUUAAUUGAAAUUAAUACAAGAGUGUUAAUGGAUACUGAUCAAAGUUAUGAUGCAAAUGAUAAUGAUAACAACAGUAAUUAAAAUAAUAAUAAUAACAGUAAUUAAAAUAAUGAUAAUAAAAAUGACAAAAUAAAUGAAAACAAUAAUAGUAAUAAUGAUAAUAAAAAUAACACCAACAACAAUAAUAAUAAUAAUAGUAAUGAUAAGAAUAAACAAGAUAGUAACAGUAAAGGAGAUCAAACGUUCCUAUAUAUUAUAGUAGUUGUAGGUUUAGCAUUCAUCAUUAUAUCUACGUUAAUUUAUGUUAAGUGCUAAAAUAGAUAGCUUGAGGAUCCUGAAUAAUUGGAUGAAGUUGGAGAAGAUGGAGAAAAAUAAAGUGAUAAUCAUGAAGAUAUAGAAAAAGGUCAUAGUUCAGGAGACCAUAGCGGAAACACUAUUAAAAAGCCAUAAUCAACUAAAAAUUCAAUAAAAACAAACGGAAAUCAUAUUUAAUUAGCACAAGAUGAUGAUAAAUCUGGUCUUUAUGAAAUGGAGUAAAACCAUUUAUCUGACAGGAAAUAGAAUGCUAAUUAAGGAGAUCUCUCUGCAAAUAAUUUAAAUAAUGAUAAAAAUUAAUUACUAUCAAAGAAACCUCCUUAACGUAAAAAGAAUAGAAAAAAUCAUUUACGUAUUGAGAUAGAAGAGUAAGAUAACGCCAAAGAACAGUAGCAGUUUAUAAAGCUUCAAUAGCUGAAAUUAUUAUAAUAAAAGGCUCUUUAGUAAAAGCAGUAAUAAAAAUAAAUUACUUAAUAAAAAUGA